UUUUUGCCCAUAAACGAAACGGGAGUAGCUGAUUUUGAGCCAAGAAUCUCGUAUCUUUCCUCAAAUACGAACUAGGGUUUCAAAUCGACCUUUCGACCUCCGGACCUUAUUUCUUUCUAGACAGGCUUCUGCUAUCUCUGUAGACCUUCUCUCAAUCUCUACUACGCUUAUCGAGCUUCCAAACUCUUGAGGGAUCCGCGUCGAUGCCUCCCCGAACGGUGAAGAAGGGAUCGGCCGCGCCUGGCCCGAAGAGAACACCGAGGGCGACUAAAGCGACGCCGAAGCCCCAAACUCAACCGGAAGUAACAGAAGAGACAGUGAAGAUCGAUGAGGUUUCGGUUUCUGUAGCUGAAACUGAAGAGGUGAAGGUGGAGCCGGUUGUUGAAGAAAAACCGGAGAAGACUGAAGAACCUGAACAUGAAGUUAGACCUGACACGAGCGGAAGUUUUUCUGUUAAAGCUGAAGAUGAUUCCAAGGAGGAUUUUGAUGUAGAUGACAAAGGUGAACGGCUAGAGCUGGAGGAUAAUGAACCGGAAUAUGAACCUGAAGAGGAUGGUGGGGUGGAUUAUGAUGAGAAGGAAAAUGAACACGAGGAUGUUCAGAAAGGAGGAGAUGAUGGUGAAGAGGCUGAGGACGGUGACGUAGAAGAGGAGGAUGAUAUGGUUGAGGAGGAAAUGGAAGAUGUUGCUGAGGAAGUUGAAGGCGAAGAGGAUGGAGAGAAUGGUGAGGAAGAGCGGGAAGAAGUUUUUGAUGAAGAGGAGGAAGAACAUCAUGAAGUUGUUAAAGAAAGGCGUAAGCGUAAGGAAUUUGAAAUUUUUGUUGGGGGUUUGGACAAAGAUGCAACUGAGGAUGAUCUUAGGAAAGUCUUCAGUCAAGUAGGUGAAGUUACCGAAGUCAGGUUGAUGAUAAACCCUCAGACUAAGAAAAACAAGGGAUUUGCAUUCUUGCGUUUUGCAACUGUGAAACAAGCAAAGCGAGCUGUUACAGAGCUCAAGAAUCCAGUGAUCAAUGGUAAACAAUGCGGUGUUUCUCCAAGUCAAGACAGUGAUACACUUUUCUUGGGAAACAUAUGUAAGACAUGGACCAAGGAAGCAUUAAAAGACAAGUUGAAACAUUAUGGCAUUGAGAAUAUUGAGGAUUUGACAUUGGUUGAAGAUAGUAACAACAAGGGAAUGAAUCGUGGAUUUGCUUUUUUGGAGUUCUCAUCUCGUUCAGAUGCCAUGGAUGCUUAUAAGCGUCUCCAGAAGAGGGAUGUUGUUUUUGGAGUUGAUAGGCCCCCAAGGGUUUCUUUUGCAGAUUCUUUCAUUGAUCCAGAUGAUGAGGUCAUGAAACAGGUUAAAACAGUGUUUGUAGAUGGUUUGCCUUCUUCAUGGGAUGAAGAUCGUGUAAAGGAAUAUCUCAAGAAAUUUGGGAACAUUGAAAAGAUUGAGCUUGCUCGUAAUAUGCCAUCAGCCAGGAGAAAAGAUUUUGGCUUUGUAACUUUUGGAACCCAUGAUGCAGCAGUUGCAUGUGCUGAGGGCAUUAACAAUGCAGUGCUGGGUGAGGGGGACAAUAAGGCAAAAGUAAGGGCAAGGUUAUCACGGCCAGAUCGCAAAGGAAAAGGUAAGCAUUCUCUUCGUGGAGAAACUCGCUAUGGGCGAGGCUCUUCACGAGGUGUUAGGGGUCCUUGGGGUCGUCCUGCACCCCGUAGCCUCCCCGGACGUGGUCCAAGAGGAAUUGGGGCACGUGCAGCACCAGCUAGUGCUCGUGGAUUCAAGAGGUCUUCAGGAUUUAGAGACAGCCGUCCUGUUGUGGCUGAUACAGAAAGAGUUAGGGCCUUGUCUCCCCCAGAACGAUCUUAUGCUAGAAGGGCUCCUGUUCCUUCUUACCCAAAAAGCAGUUUAAAGAGGGAUUAUGGUAGGUAUGAUGAGUUUCUUCCAAGAAGCAGAGCUGCUGCAGAGUAUGGUUCUAGGGUUGCUAUGGAGAAGCGGUCAUCCUAUAGGGAUGACUAUCCUUCACAUGGACCUGUUUUUGGUGAUGAUGUGCCUCAAAAUGCUUCACGCAUGGCAUCAAGGAGAACUUCUCUAGAUGAAGGGUAUGCACGAAGGUAUGAAAGGCCUCUUUCAAGUUACCAUGAAGGGCGCACUCGUGAUUAUGAUUUGAUCCCUGGUUCAAAACGUCCAUACUCUGCAUUGGAUGAUGUUCCUCCACGGUAUGCUGACGGUGGUCUUCGCCAGUCAAGAACUCGUGUAGACUAUGGAGUUGAUGGAAAUGCUUCCCAAUAUGGAGAUGCUUAUGGUGACAGGCUUGGGAGAUCUCAGUUAGGAUAUGGCAGUGACAGAAAUUCUUUCUCAGGUCAUGAGUCACAUGGACUGUAUGGUAGCCGCCAGGGUAUGAGUUACAGUAGAGGUUCUUAUAGUACACAUGAUGCUGGUGGAAUGUAUUCAUCAAGUUUUGAUGACGAUUACAUGGCCCGUGGACCUGAUGUUGGCGGUGGUUCAUAUUCUUCAUUAUAUUCGAGCCGUGGGUUGGGUGGCAGUGGAUACCUGGGUGGCAGUGGUUCUGGAUCAUAUUAUUGAGCGUUUUGAUUGGCAACAAUGGAGGAUGGUGGUCACAUGUGAAUUUGUAUCUGACACAGAUUUAACAUGACAAGAGCUUGCUGUAGGCCAUGGGUUAUUUGAAGCCUAUUCAUAAAGAUGCCUCCAGAGUCUUGGGGAGAAAGCACAUAUUUAAAGAGCAUAUGUAGCCUAUCAGUUAUUUUGAGAGGACUGGGAUUUGAGUGUUGAAUUUUACAAUGCAAGAGGUGCAUUUUCAACCAUAGAUGUGGGUUUUAUUCCAGUCAUAUUUCAUACUGUAAGGAUCUUUGAGUGAUUGGGAGUUCAGAAUAAGAAAGCAUACUAUGUGGUAUGUAUGACGUGCAUAUUAUUUCUCUCACUAUAAGAACUCCAUUUGAUGGACAAAGAGGUUGUAUGCUUCAUUAUAAGUUGUCAAUGGGCAAAACAGUUGGCAUACAUGAAA